AUGUCCUUCCCAUUUAUCCUCGCACGGAGGGCAGCUGCUCUCUCUCCCAAAUAGCGGCCUCCGCUUCCUCUUUCACAGCAGCCGAGCCUCACGCGGGACUAGCUCAGAAAGACAUAUCGCCCUACCAAACAGCUCAAUCACAGGUAAAUUCAUUGUUUCCUUCACUAGCUCCAAUCCUUUUCACCGAUCGGACUCUAGUAUAUACUUCACAAGCGAGGUCCUUGCUCAAUGCGCAUUUCUUGUUCGCGUCAACACAUUUUAUGUAUCUGGGCCUUAUCGUUUUUAAUUGGUAUCCCGAAAUUUGAUUGUACAAACCUUUUGGAUCUGUAUAUACUAAGAAUUCUCGAUCUUUUAGUGAGCUUCUUCAGUUUGUUGGGUACUGUAGAGUUCCAGAUAUAAUGGGUAUUAGAAAUGAACUCUAUUUAUCUAUUUGGUCCCAGAGUUUUUCGCAAAAUAUCCUACUUUUUGGUAAUUUCUCGGGAGUUCUGCGAUCGCAGCUUUGAUGGUGAUAAGGUUGAUAAUGGGUUUCGAUUAAUUGAGGAACCCUUGGAAAGAGCGUGGAGAUAUUCAGAUUUUGAUCCUAUUUCGGAAGAAAAACCGAGCACCAAUGUGGAUGAAACGCGUGUCCGGGGACAUUUCUCAGCGAGGCGGGUUUUCUUUGAUAAUGUCAAGAUUGAUGCUAGGAGGGUUCUUGAUGUUCUCGAGCAAGAUGGCCCAGGGUUUGAUACGAAAUUGGCUCUAGACGAGUUGUAUAUAAGGCUUUCGGGGCUUCUCGUCAGGGAAGUUCUAUUGGGGAUUUUGCGGAAUGUAAAUCAUUCUAAUAAGUUGCGGUGUGCGAAAUUAGGGUAUAAGUUUUUCGUGUGGUCUGAUCAGCAGGAGAAUUACAGGCACACGUUGAAUUCUUACCAUUUAAUAAUGAAGAUAUUUGCAGAUUGUGAGGAGUUUAAGGCAAUGUGGAGGCUAGUUGAUGAGAUGACUGAAAAUGGGUUUCCAACUACCGCACGAACAUUUAACAUAUUGAUAUGUACUUGUGGUGGGGCAGGAUUGGCAAGGAAAGUUGUGGAGAGGUUCAUCAAAUCAAAGACAUUUAAUUAUCGGCCGUUUAAACAUUCAUACAAUGCAAUUCUAGUUUCCCUUCUCACGGUAAACCAAUACAAGUUGAUUGACUGGGUGUAUCAACAUAUGUUAGGUGAGGGUCAUUCUCCAGAUAUCCUAACUUAUAAUGUUGUCAUGUGUGCAAAGUAUAGGUUGGGGAAGUUGGAUCAGUUCCAUAGACUGCUUGAUGAAAUGGGUAGAAGUGGAUAUUCUCCAGACUUUCAUACGUAUAAUAUUCUUCUUCAUGUUCUAGGUAAAGGAGACAAACCGCUUGCAGCACUUAAUCUAUUGAAUCACAUGAAGGAAGUGGGUUUUGACCCAAGCGUUCUUCACUUCACUACAUUGAUAGACGGACUUAGCCGGGCUGGAAAUCUGGAUGCCUGCAACUAUUUUUUCACUGAAAUGAUAAAGAAUGGUUGUACACCAGAUGUGGUUUGUUACACUGUGAUGAUCACAGGAUAUAUUGUGGCUGGGGAGUUUGAAAAAGCCCAGGAAAUGUUUGAUGGAAUGAUAAUCCAGGGACAUCUUCCAAAUGUAUUCACAUACAAUUCCAUGAUUCGUGGGUUUUGUAUGGCAGGAAAAUUUGAGGAGGCAUGUUCAAUGCUUAAGGAAAUGGAAUCUAGAGGUUGUAAUCCAAAUUUCCUUGUGUACAGCACACUAGUGAGUAAUUUGAGAAAUGCUGGAAAACUUUCUGAAGCUCAUGAUGUAAUAAGACAUAUGGUGGAAAAGGGGCAGUAUGUUCAUCUUCUCUCGAAGUUCAAGAAAUAUAGGAGAUGCUGAAGUUGCAGAAUAUUUAUUGGGAGAUUAUUCUCUUGUAACCUCAUAGGAACAUAACUUAUUCAAUUCAUCCAGCUCAGUCGACACCAUGUACUCUCAGCUGUUGUUAUCAUAGAAGCAAAAAGAGUAAAAAUUAUCCCAUGUAUUCUUCCACUUGAAGUGAUAGCAAAAAUUUCCGGGCAAUGCUGAAUUUUCCAUUGGCAUCAACCCAGUCAUCAUCGGUUGACUCCUGCAAUCCUGAAACAGGAGCUUGGAGCAAAACGUCCAGGCAGCUACCUGUGGAGCAUCAUGUCAGAGCCAUAUUGUGGUUUCAAGGUCAGGAUUUAGUUGUCUUGUAAAACCGCAUGGGUUUAGUAACUAAGAAUCAGGAUUGAUUUGGAAGACGCCGAAGAGUUAGCUGCUAUCGUUUUAAGGGAGUAUAUUUUACAUUCAUGUUACAUAUAUUUUAGUCGAAAAAGAGGACAACAGCUUGAAUUAGUCCCCAAGGGGCGGCUUGUAGGGAGAGUAAGAGGAGAUGAAAAUUUUGUGGAUAGUAAUAAGAUAGUAUUUGUGAAUAGUAAUGAAAUUGUUU